CUGUCAACUCCUUUUUCGCUCGCCGUCACGUUGAGAUCCUGCUUUUCUCAACGCCGUCGCAAUGGCCGGAAUCUUCCGCCUUAGAAUGGCAGCGUUAUUCCAGACUCGCCUUAUUCCCAAACGAUCCUAUGGAUCAUCCGCCGCACUUCAGCUUCAAGACGACGACGACGACUAUUACGAGGAUCAAAACAACGAAUUCAAUCCUACUCGGGAUAAUUCUCAAAGCUCUGUGCCAAGAAGGGGAAUCCAGUGGGUGAUCAUGGGUAAUCCACUCGCAAAGAAGCAUUUAUAUGCCGACAGACUAUCGAAGCUUCUACAAGUUCCUUACAUUUCAAUGGGAACCCUAGUUCGUCAAGAACUUCAACACAGCUCAUCUCUCUACAAACAGAUUGCUAAUGCUGUGAACCAAGGAAAGCUUGUUCCAGAAGAUAUAAUAUUUAGCUUGCUCUCAAAGAGGUUACGGGAAGGUCGCUACAGGGGUGAAAAUGGGUUUAUCUUGGAUGGAAUUCCUCGAACUACAGUUCAAGCUGAGAUUCUUGAUCAGAUUGCUGAUAUCGAUCUAGUAGUGAAUUUCAAAUGCAAAGAGGAUGAAGAGUCUUUGAAUCGCGCAACUAGUGGGAUUUACAAAUUGAACAAUCUAAAGGAGGAAUGUACAUGGAAAGAGAAGCUUCGUGCUUAUGCAGAGCUGAGCAAGCCUUUAGAAGAGUACUAUAUGGAACAGGAGAAGCUUCUUGACUUUGAAGUGAAUGGUGCACCUGGAGAAACAUGGAAUGGACUCUUGGCUGCUUUACAACUUCAGCAAGUGAGUUCUUUUGUUAGUGCUUCUUCUCCAAAGCCCGGGCAUUUGAACUAUAUAUUAUAGUGUAGUAGUAGAUUUGGAGAGUUGUCGGACUUACCUAUGAUUAGGGUUUAGGGUUUAGAACAUUACCCUUCUCCCGCUUUGAGUUUUGAUACAUCAUUUUCUUGUAAUUGUAUUGUUUGCCAAGUGUAAUUCACUUUGGCCGUUGAGUGAUUUUAUACAAGGAGAGGCCAAAAACUUGUGGGCAUUCAGUUUUGCAGUAAUAUUUACAUGUUGUAUACUACAAUCUAAUAAAUUAUAUAUGUACUUGUUUUUGUUUAAUCACCAAGGGAGGUUGUAAUUUAGAUCCCCAUAUAAGGAUGCAUC